GGUCUCACACAUAAAAUAAUGUUAACAAUAACCAUAGCCACAACACACCGUACGAUACGCAAGUGUCUCAUUUCAACAACCUUUGCUUCUUCUGUUUCUGUUCCUUCUGUUCUCAAUUUCAACAAAUCAAUUAAAAAAUUCACACUUUCAUUCUUCUAUUUCUCGUAGCAAAAUAGCGACGAUUCAAUGAAAGGUCACGAUUGGAUCAACACAUGUCUUCCCGACGAGUUAAUCGUCGAGAUCUUCCGCCGUCUCGAUUCCAAAUCAAGCCGCGACUCCUGUUCUCUCGUCUGCAACCGUUGGCUCCGUCUCGAACGCCACACUCGCUCCUCAAUCCGUAUCGGCGCAACCGGCUCACCUGACCUCUUCGUUCAGCUCCUCGCUUCUCGUUUCUCUAACGUCACCGCCGUUCACAUCGAUGAACGUCUCUCCGUUUCUCUCCCCGUUCAAUUGGGGAGAAGACGUGUUACCGGAGAGAAUUCUUCGCCGGCGUCGUUGUUGAAGCUUCAUUAUGGAUCUUCUUCUGAGGAGAGUGAUUGUGAUUCGUUAUGUUUGUCUGAUAAUGGAUUAUCUGCACUUGCGGAUGGAUUUCCUAAGCUUGAGAAAUUGAGAUUAAUUUGGUGUUCUAAUGUUACUAGUAAUGGAUUAUCAUCACUCGCUUCAAAAUGUGCUUUUUUGAAAGCCUUGGACUUGCAGGGUUGUUAUGUUGGAGAUCAAGGCUUAGCUGCUGUUGGACAGUGUUGCAAGCAACUUGAAGAUUUGAAUUUGCGUUUCUGUGAAGGCUUGACUGAUAUGGGUUUGGUUGAAUUAGCUUUAGGAGUGGGAAAGUCAUUAAAAUCUCUUGGUGUAGCGGCUUGUGCCAAAAUAACUGAUAUCUCAAUGGAAGCUGUAGCAUCACACUGUGGAUCCCUUGAGACCUUGUCUUUGGAUUCUGAGUUCAUCCACAAUCAAGGGGUGCUUGCUGUGGCUAAAGGAUGUCCACUUUUGAAAUCUCUAAAGCUGCAAUGUAUUAAUCUUACAGAUGAUGCUUUGAAAGCUGUAGGCGUUAGUUGUUUGUCUCUGGAGUUAUUGGCUCUAUAUAGUUUUCAGCGAUUUACUGAUAAGGGUUUGCGUGCUAUUGGGCAUGGUUGUAAGAAGUUAAAGAAUUUGACUUUAAGUGAUUGCUAUUUCCUAAGUGACAAGGGCUUGGAAGCAAUUGCUACUGGGUGUAAGGAACUUACUCAUCUCGAAGUCAAUGGAUGCCACAACAUUGGAACUUUGGGACUUCAAUCUGUUGGGAAAUCAUGCAAACAUCUCUCUGAGUUAGCAUUGCUUUACUGCCAAAGAAUCGGUGAUCUUGGGCUUCUUCAGGUUGGAAAGGGAUGUCAAUUCCUGCAAGCUCUUCACUUAGUAGAUUGCUCAAGCAUAGGAGAUGACGCCAUGUGUGGCAUAGCUGCUGGCUGCAGGAAUUUAAGGAAGCUUCAUAUCCGUCGUUGUUAUGAGAUUGGCAACAAGGGGAUCAUUGCUGUUGGCGAGAACUGCAAGUCCCUAAUUGAUCUUAGCAUUCGAUUCUGUGAUAGGGUGGGGGAUGGGGCCCUUAUUGCUAUAGCUGAGGGGUGUUCCCUUCAUUAUCUGAAUGUAAGUGGUUGCCAUCAAAUUGGAGACGCUGGACUGAUGGCCGUUGCAAGGGGUUCCCCUCAACUCUGUUAUCUGGAUGUGAGUGUACUGCAGGAUUUACUCUUCUCGCAUUAAAGAAAAUCCAUUCGAUAGAUACAUCCCCUGCAUUAUGAAUUAUGAUACCAAAAUUUUCUUUUAAGGCUUGUAUAUUAGCAUGGAUAUCGUCUGAAGUGAGGAAGAUUAGUAAUGUGGUAGAGAUAGUUUUUUGGAUUGUCUUGUUGAAAGCUCAUGUUCUAUCUAUAUAAUGAGCACAAGGUUGUACACAAGAAUAUCUGAUCUGGUCAAACUUAUAUGCUAUAAACCUAUGGAAGUCUUGCAAUUUUAUUGUUAUACUUUUCCUUUUCAUACAUUGCUCAAUAUAACUGCAGAAUUUGGGCGAUAUGGCUAUGGCUGAGUUGGGAGAAAACUGUCCAUUGCUUAAGGAAAUAGUACUUUCUCACUGCCGUCAAAUAACAGAUGUUGGUUUAGCCCAUCUUGUAAAAAGUUGCACCAUGCUAGAGUCAUGCCACAUGGUUUAUUGCUCAAGCAUAACUUCAGUUGGAGUGGCCACCGUGGUUUCUAGUUGUCCCAACAUAAAAAAGGUUCUUGUUGAGAAGUCGAAGGUUAGCCCGCGGACCAAGCGCCGGGCUGGCUCUGUCAUUUCAUACUUGUGCGUGGAUCUUUAGACUUCCCGUGUUACCAAAUAAUUAUGCAUAUCCUCAAGCUUUUUACAAUAUGGGGUGUGAAUAUAAAUAAAUUUGCAAGCUACAAAAAUGGAUACAAUGGUAGGAUACAUGACUGUAUAUGUUUUUCCACUCAAACAGAAGUUUUUGUUCCCUUAGUCAAUAAGGUCUUUCUGGUAAUAAUUAUCAUAUUUUAGCCUCAUGAACACUCCAGAUACCUUGUCGUAGGAGUGCCAAGAGGGUAGGAACCAAUAUGCUUAGUUAAAUGUGUUGUAAUUUAUGGAUAGAUAUAGUUGAAGUGGUAUUGUUGUAACACAACUUUGUUAAGACAAAUAAACAUUUGCUUUGAUUUGAUGUUA